CUUCCCAAUUUGGCUGGGUCUCAUCAGACUUGGCUGGAAGGAAAAUCUUGGUCCUCUUCCUCCGAUAGAUAUAUAGCAAGGCCAGGUAGUGUGUGGUGUGGUCCCACAGGGAGAGGAGAGGGGAAACAUGACAGCCUUGGCGCUGCUCUGUCUGCUGUCAGUGCUGCCAGGCUCCACAGCAACACUAAUGAGAUCUCCAUUGGAGGAGGUAAGUGGAAAACACAGGGAUGUGGUUGGUGAUUCUUCUGUUUGUGACAUCUGCAAAGUACAUUGACCUCCUCAACUUGCGCUGUUUAUUGUCCUGCGGAAAUCUCUACCUACAGAGAGACAGAUCACAGGUUUCACAGGAUCUCAGUUGUAUGAGACACUUUUAAAAAAACCUUAGUGACAUUUUUCAGGGGUUCUCUAGAGAUAUUAUUCUUGUUCAGUUGAUUGUGCUCGCCAUGGACAUAGGCCAACUGUAAUCUGUCAUACUGUAUACAAACCAGGAAUGGAUCAGUGAAUCUAAUCUGCAUGUUGCUGAAGGCUCACAAAAGACCCCAACAUUUAAUUUGUAUCCCCUCCCCAGCUAUUUCUGCACUCCCUGGAACAAAAGGACAUGGUGUUUUAUUUUGGUACUGCCUCUGCUUCCUCAGGUAUGACUGAAUAAUGACACAGUUUCCAUACAGUUAGUGAGCUACUGAACCAUUAUGGUGGAUACAAUAAUUCACAUACAGUAUUGUAACCUUUCUCACCCCAGUGCCUGAGUUUCAGCUCAUCUGGACAGACUGUGCCUCCACGGAGCUCCACACUGGCCCCUGGCGAUGCUCCUUCGAGGCCCAAGGGAAGCGCUUUGUGUUGGGGCCCGGGGAGAGGAAGCAGUCCCUCUUCUGUCAGUCCACAUUAGAGACAGCUCGGAACACCACUCUCAACGUCAUAAGGAAAAGUCAUGCCAUGUGUUGUCAGCAGGCCAAAGUUCUACAUCCUCCUUCAACUAAAGGAUUUCUCACCAUCUGUGCCAGGAAAAUGGUAAGUUGUUUCCAAGUUAAGACAUAAACAAUUCUACAGUUUACUUAUUUAUUUCAGCUGUUAUUCUGUCUUUAACAUCCAUCAUUCUCUUAAAUGGAUUUGGAUUGCAAAUGUUUUUCUAUUUCCAACAGCAAGGCCUGGUUGUUGCAGGUAAAGAGAAGGAGAGACUAUACAUUCAGUCAGUGCUUCAGAAACACAUUCAUCUGACUGAAGCCAGAAACUGUUCCAGUCCAGGAACACCUCAUCUGGUGUUCCACCAGCCAUUUACUGCCGGAGGCCCCCCCAGACACUCUCCCAGUCAGUGUUCAAACAUUAUAGCAUUGUAUUUAAUGUUUCAUACUUCAUCCUCACACAUUCUAUCAGCAUACUGCUCUUUUUGUCUUCAUCCUGACAGUGAAGAGGCUGCGUCGCCGACGGUCAACCAUAAUGCCUGAGAUGACCCACCUGGAGCUGCUAGUGGUGGUGGCGCCUGAUGUGCAGCUGGUCCACAGGCAGGACACAGAGAGAUACAUCCUCACCAACCUCAACAUUGUGAGUUUGUCUGUCUGUCUGCCUGUUUGCCUGUUUGCCUGCCUGCCUGUCUUUGUCUGUCUGUAUCUGUUUGCGUGAGGUAUCUGAAUGAUUAUUGAAAGUGGUUAUUCUGUGUUGCUCUUAUGGUGUGUCCUGUUAUCUUCCCACAGGCCUCAGAGCUGCUGAGGGACAUGACACUGGGAGCCAACAUGAGAGUGCAUCUGGUCCGCAUGAUCAUCCUCUCAGAACCAGAGGUCAGUGUCUGACAAUGUCUGUCCACCCCACACCACACCACACACACCUGGGUGGGCCAGUCUGCCAUUGAGGCCUGGCUGAGGAGCCAGAAGAAAACUUUCCUCUCUGUUUGCUAUGUUCUCGCUUUCAGCCAGAGAUUAACAUCUCCACCAACAUCUCCUUGUCUCUGAGGAGUGUGUGUGAGUGGGCCAGAAGGGUCAUCCCCUCUAAUGACACGGACCCCCUGCAUGCUGAUCUUGUGUUAUACAUCACAAGGUAGGUCAUUGUACUUUAUCCUGUGCUAUUUUUUCAAGUGGAAUGGUACUCUGUCUAAAGAUAUAAGAUGUGUAUCAUUGUAAGUCUUGCGGUUUUACUUUACUGUAAUGUGUUUGUCCUCAACCAGAUUCGAUCUGGAGCUGCCCAAUGGGAACAAGCAGGUGAGGGGUGUGGCCCAGCUGGGCGGGGCAUGUUCUAGCCAAUGGAGUUGUGUGAUCACAGAGGACACAGGCUUUGAUCUGGGCAUCACCAUCGCUCAUGAGAUAGGCCACAGGUAAUUUGAAAAGGAAAAGGUGCAACGCUCACUCACAAUUAAAAACAGAUUAUUUUAUUUAAGCAACUAUUAAAAGCUUAGGCCACAGGUAAGACAUAGUGGCAUGAGAUAGGCCACAGUUAAGACAUAGUGGCGUGAGAUAGGCCACAGGUAAGACAUAGUGGCAUGAGAUAGGCCACAGGUAAGACAUAGUGGCAUGAGAUAGGCCACAGGUAAGACAUAGUGGCAUGAGAUAGGCCACAGUUAAGACAUAGUGGCAUGAGAUAGGCCACAGGUAAGACAUAGUGGCAUGAGAUAGGCCACAGGUAAGACAUAGUGGCAUGAGAUAGGCCACAGGUAAGACAUAGUGGCAUGAGAUAGACCACAGGUAAGACAUAGUGGCAUGAGAUAGGCCACAGGUAAGACAUAGUGGCAUGAGAUAGGCCACAGGUAAGACAUAGUGGCAUGAGAUAGACCACAGGUAAGACAUAGUGGCAUGAGAUAGGCCACAGGUAAGACAUAGUGGCAUGAGAUAGGCCACAGGUAAGACAUAGUGGCAUGAGAUUGGCCACAGGUAAGACAUAGUGGCAUGAGAUUGGCCACAGGUAAGACAUAGUGGCAUGAGAUAGGCCACAGGUAAGACAUAGUGGCAUGAGAUAGGCCACAGGUAAGACAUAGUGGCAUGAGAUAGACCACAGGUAAGACAUAGUGGCAUGAGAUAGGCCACAGGUAAGACAUAGUGGCAUGAGAUUGGCCACAGGUAAGACAUAGUGGCAUGAGAUUGGCCACAGGUAAGACAUAGUGGCAUGAGAUAGGCCACAGGUAAGACAUAGUGGCAUGAGAUAGGCCACAGGUAAGACAUAGUGGCAUGAGAUAGGCCACAGGUAAGACAUAAUGGCAUGAGAUAGGCCACAGGUAAGACAUAGUGGCAUGAGAUAGGCCACAGGUAAGACAUAGUGGCAUGAGAUAGGCCACAGGUAAGACAUAGUGGCAUGAGAUAGGCCACAGGUAAGACAUAAUGGCAUGAGAUAGGCCACAGGUAAGACAUAGUGGCAUGAGAUAGGCCACAGGUAAGACAUAGUGGCAUGAGAUAGGCCACAGGUAAGACAUAGUGGCAUGAGAUAGACCACAGGUAAGACAUAGUGGCAUGAGAUAGGCCACAGGUAAGACAUAGUGGCAUGAGAUAGACCACAGGUAAGACAUAGUGGCAUGAGAUAGGCCACAGGUAAGACAUAGUGGCAUGAGAUAGGCCACAGGUAAGACAUAGUGGCAUGAGAUAGACCACAGGUAAGACAUAGUGGCAUGAGAUAGGCCACAGGUAAGACAUAGUGGCAUGAGAUAGGCCACAGGUAAGACAUAGUGGCAUGAGAUAGGCCACAGGUAAGACAUAGUGGCAUGAGAUAGGCCACAGGUAAGACAUAGUGGCAUGAGAUAGGCCACAGGUAAGACAUAGUGGCAUGAGAUAGGCCACAGGUAAGACAUAGUGGCAUGAGAUAGGCCACAGGUAAGACAUAGUGGCAUGAGAUAGGCCACAGGUAAGACAUAGUGGCAUGAGAUAGGCCACAGGUAAGACAUAGUGGCAUGAGAUAGGCCACAGGUAAGACAUAGUGGCAUGAGAUAGGCCACAGGUAAGACAUAGUGGCAUGAGAUAGGCCACAGGUAAGACAUAGUGGCAUGAGAUAGACCACAGGUAAGACAUAGUGGCAUGAGAUAGGCCACAGGUAAGACAUAGUGGCAUGAGAUAGACCACAGGUAAGACAUAGUGGCAUGAGAUAGGCCACAGGUAAGACAUAGUGGCAUGAGAUAGGCCACAGGUAACACAUAAUGGCAUGAGAUAGGCCACAGGUAACACAUAAUGGCAUGAGAUAGGCCACAGGUAAGACGUAGUAAUAAAGUAGUGCCAUAGUCAAUAGCAUGGGAUGAGCUACAGUUAGUAAUCUUCGCUUCUUUCCCCCCAGCUUUGGUAUAAACCAUGAUGGGAUCGGUAACACAUGCAGCAGCAGUGGCUUUAUGAUGGCCUCUGAUGGAGGCUACAACAGUGUGGAUCUCACCUGGUCCCAGUGCAGCAGACAGCAGCUGUACACAUUCUUCAGGUAAGCAUGCCAGCUGUUACUCACAUGGACUCUUAAUAUGAACUGUUCAUCAUAAGUAGAGUACUCUGCAGAAAUGUAAUAAUGGUCAGUGGUACUGUAUACAACACAUUGAGUAUUGUAUAUUCUGGUGAUGAGAGUAAGAUACGUGUUUGUAAUGCUAUUCUAGUGAAGGCAAGGCUGACUGUGUGAAAGACUUGCCUGUCCUGGUUGGCUCUCUGCAAGACUGGAAACCAGGCCUUUACUAUGGAGUGGACGACCAGUGCCGGAUAGCGUUUGGUAGCACCGCCAGGGCCUGCUCCUUCACCAACACUGACCUGGUAAGGGACACAUUAUGACAUUAAUGGCAGCCACUUCUGUGAUUAUACUAUCAUUGGUUAUACUGUAGUAAUAAGACUGGUUAUAGAGUAUGUUGAUAGUAUCUAUAGCUCUGUCUGGGUAAGGCUUUCCCAGUGUUAAUUCUCUCCUCCUGUCAGCCUGUGUGCCGUGUUCUCUCCUGCCACAUCAAACCUGAUGACAACAGCUCAUGUAAACGCCUGCUGGUGCCUCUGUUGGAUGGGACAGAGUGUGCACCCAACCAGGUACAGCCUUUUUUUAUCACUAGUCACAUUCAAUCACUAUGGCUAUGUUUGGUCCAGUCAAUGAGCCAAAUGUUACAAUGACGAAAAUAUGACUGUUGCUCAAAGUAUGCAAAAUCUGUGUUGUGAAAUGAAAGCAGCCCUGACCUCUAACUCUGCAUGUCCUCUAGUGGUGCCUGAAGGGCCGCUGUGUGUCCCCAGACCAGCUCAGCUCCUCUUCCUCUGUGGUGGUGCACGGCUCCUGGUCCAGCUGGUCCCAGUUCUCCCCCUGCUCACGGACAUGUGGUGGGGGCGUCACUUCCCGGACCAGGCAAUGCAACAACCCACGGUAACAACAAACAACAAACGUCUUUGUUAGUCAGUUCCAAUUACAACACUAAUUCUCAUGACUCCUCCCAAGGUCAAGUGGUACAUUUCUGGCAAAUGAGAUUAGCCAAACAGUUUAUUAUUCUUGAUGGAUGUCUUCAUGAUUUUAAUUUUUUUAAUGUUUUCAUUUCCAGACCUGCAUUUGGUGGGAAUGAUUGCAAGGGCAGGGAUACGGAGGCUGAACUUUGUCACCAGCAGGUAAAACUCCACAGGUCAUCUUUAUGUUUACAGUGGGCCUCCGUAGGUCAUUUUUACAAGGUACAUUGUUGCACCAUUUAUUCUGUUUCUGUGAGUACUGUAAGUGUAUGUAUGCAAACACAUGGAGCGAUUUCAGUGCCAAGAGAAAUUGUAUUUGAAUUCCAUACUUUGUUAGGAUAUUGAAUUUGAAUACAAUAUUUUUUAUUUGUAAUGCACAAAUUGAAUCAUUGAAUUCAUAAAUUGAACUUGUAUUUCAUGAUUUGAAAAUUAAUUGAAUGAAUAUUGCAUACAGUUUUAAAAUUCAAUUUCUAUUUAACUGAAUAUUCAAAUUCAACAUUUACAUAUUCAGUUUCAAUAUGGUAGAUAUUGCAUUAAUUUUCUGUGUAUCAAGUUUACAAACUAACAUUCAGAUUCAGUUUUAAAAUUCAGUUCUCUAAAUUCAGAUUCAAAACUAGAGACAACAUCCUGGUCCUUUGCCAGCCAGGAAAGGUAGUGGCAGCACAGAAAUAACCAAAUGCUCUCUGUGGUAAACAAAAGCUUCUAGCAGUUUCUGUGUAUCAAGUUUACAAACUAACAUUCAGAUUCAGUUUUAAAAUUCAGUUCUCUAAAUUCAGAUUCAAAACUAGAGACAACAUCCUGGUACUUUGCCAGCCAGGAAAGGUAGAGGAGCACAGAAAUAACCAAACGCUCUCUGUGGUAAACAAAAGCUUCUGGCAGUUUCUGAAGCCAAUGUGGCAUGUUGAAUUUAUUUUCUUCCUAUGAAUUUGACUCUAGCGUUUAACCUUUUUGGCUAUAAGCGAUUAUGACCCCAUUCCUGAAAGCUUAGACUCUCUGGAACAUGGGUAACUUGUCUGAGACCUGAAAAGUUGCAUUGUCUGGAGCACAGGAGACCUGGGUUAGAACCCCAUCAGUCAAACUAACACACCUUCAGGUCUUAGACAAGGUUGCAUAUCAUAUUCAUGGAUCACCAAACUACCUCUGUUGCACUCUCCUUAAAUGGGGUGAACAGAUCUGUCUGCUUCUGUUUGCCACAGAAAGUGUUGUUGUUGGGCAGUAGGCCUGAUUUCGAACCUAGUUAGUUAUAUUGGUGCCGUGAUCUCUGAGUAUGAGUCAAAAGUGUUGUGAAAUGUAACCAAGGUGGUUAGAUGAACCAUGCUCUUUUGAUGAGUAACCUUGCUGGAGACUUGAGUUAGCUUCCUGAACUCGUCCCUAUGGGCUUUAGCUAAGUGGGCUAACACAGUCUUGUGACAUGCAGGAGACCUGGUUUGAACCCAGUCAGAGCAAGAUUAAAUAAGGAGUGGAAAGGCUAUCCUUAGAAGGGCAAUGACAGGGCUAUUCAACUAUAUUCUUAUCGGGGCCAAACUGCGGUUUUUGUGACACUCCCUUUCAAUGUUCCCUCUCAUUUUGGGGGGCACUGAGCAAAUUUCAGGUCUGCAAAUUUGAACAUUGUGAAAAUUCUGUGCAACUUCCAGCGCGCGUUUACUGUGAACACUGAGGCGGUACCCACUUUAAGUUACAGUUUUAACAGUGGUCAAGUAGGCUACUGUGGCUAUCUGAUCAUAAUGUGGGCCUACCAGAGUGGCCUACAAUAGAAUAAAAUCCAUCUCAUAACAUUUUAACAUGGAAAUAGCUGUUCUAUCAGUCAGCCUACAGUAGCAGCCAAUGUGUGGUGUUCAAUGUAGGCCUACAUUCCAUGAGACUUUUGAAAAAAACCUGCAGGGCUUGACAUUAACCUGUUUAUCCACUUGUCAUUCAGACAAGGAGGUGACUGAAAAUGUUGUUGUGUUUUUUGAUGCAAGAAACCACUUUACAAAAUAAAAUGCAUUAUUAUUCCCAUACCAUUAUUACAGAGAAUCAGACAAAUUAUGCUACCCUCUGCCUAUUGGCUACUUAGCUUAUUCAAGCCUGUUUCAAAAAACAACGCUGCCCCUUUAAGAUCAAAAAUAGCUCUUUACCUGACUCGAAUUUCAAAGAUGUCUAGAAAUGUACAUGUUUUGUGCUCUUGUAGGAAGUAAUCACUCCCCUAUUGCUGACUACAAAUUAUCUAUAACUGAGCUAAUAACUCACUAACUAGCAAAGGAUAUGAACAAAAUGUGUACACGUGGCUACAUGCAGCUCUCGCUUUAAUCUCAAAACAAGUGCAUCUACUCACGACCGCUCAUGCUGUAAACACAGUCCAGUUCAAGGUAAAUGGCAAAGAUUCAUAUAUGACAAUGGUCUAUUUGCAUAUAGGCCUACUGCAACUCUGAUUGGUUAGCCGCACAGUUCUGUGUAGAGUACGGGCUGAAUCCUACUCCGAUGCGUUCUGCCUACAACAAAAUCUCUUGCAUAGUUCAUUUUGUUUCGGUAUGUUGCAUUGGAAGUGGCUAAUAUUGCGUUGAUUUGAUCAGAAUUGGCACAGUAAAGGGAAAGUGUUAACAGGGAAAACUCUAGAACAGUGGUCACCAACCUUUUCUGAGUCAAGAUCAAUUUCUGAGUCAAAAUGCAAGCCAAGAUCUACAGUUCAUUAUUAUUUUUUAAACAUGACUUAAAACACAUAAGCCUAUGCAUCAUUAACCAAUUAAGUACAGUAUUGUAGCAAUUAAGUUUGUGCAGUAAGCUAGAGGCCCAAUACAUUAUCACUGCAUAUUGGCUUUGCUUGAAUUACCCUGCUAAUGCGUUGUUGUUCGGGCCAUUUUUUUGAGGUAGUCUAUAUGAUCACACCGGUAAUAGAUCUGUGGUUGUAUUACUUGUGAGGCACAGCUGAGUGAGCAUACAUUUAAAUCAUUAGCUUUUUAUUUUUAUUUCACUGGGCUGAUGGUGCCUGCAUCUGAUGAUCAGUCUCAGCGGAAGGAGAGAGCAGCAGACUGAGGGUCCGCCUCUCAACAUCCCUCUGCUCUCCCGCUGACCAAAAAUGUCUUCCAGUUGAUGGCAAAACUCGAUUCGCACCAAAUUAUUUCUGCCUCAUGCACAAAUUCAUGUCGUUACUCCUGUGAACAGAGAAUGUGAAAUAUUCCUUGAUAUUAAAAAAGACGCAAGCCGCUAAACAUAACAACAACGCAAGCCUAUCGAUACACUUUCCUACUCAUUUAUUACUGCUGCAGUGCUUGUUGUAGUGUUGAGUGGAAAUAGGAAGAACGCGCAUUUUAUGGCUUAUAAAAGUGCUCAAUACAACAUUUUGACAGUGCUGAGUAAAAACUUAAACAUGAACUCACUCAUAAAAACAGCAGCUCUUUGCUGUAUUUGUUGACAAUCUCUCUCUAGUCAUGGUUUUAAACAUUUUAAAAUCUCACAGUAUCAACUUUGCUGUAGCUUUCUUUUAUGCCUGCUAUGUUACUGCAGACACAGUAAUCUGAGCCAUCUGAUUGGCCAGCGGUAAGCCUAUAGUGCACUUGAUUUGCUUUCCAGGCCCGCUGGGAAGGCAAAGUUUGUACCUUCAGACACAAAAUGGCAACAGUUCGACCUACCCGGCACGCAGGGCAGCUGAAUCGGGUGCACCUACCGCCAACAGCCCGUGACAAAUAAAAAUAAAUAGGAACACAAGGCUUUAUCGUUGGGUUUUUUACAGAAAUGUUUGGAAUGCUAGGAAUGCCUUGGAUAUUGACCAGUCGAUUGCGAUUGACAGGUUGGUGACCACUGCUCUAGAAAGUUGAGUGAAAUUCAAUCUCGUGCUUCUCUCAGUGGCUGAUAUUUAUUCUGCGCGGGAGUCCCGGGGGCAACUGCGCGCCCGCGCAUGCGUGCAGUUUAGAGGGAACAUUGCUCCCUUCUAAAAUGUCCUGUUCGUCAUUUCAAAAGAAACAUUGUUUCAACCAGUGUGUGCCCAGUGGGAAGGCAUGUUCAUGUUCCAGAGAGUCUAAGCUUUCAGCAAUGGGGUGUAAGCAUAAUAGCUUAUAGCCAAAACGGUUCAAACGCUAGUGACAAAUUCAUAGGAAGACAAUAAAUUCAACAUUAAAAAAAAAACUGUGUUUUAGUCAUUUAGCAGACGCUCUUAUCCAGAGCGACUUACAUUAUUUUUUUAAUACUGGCCCCCCGUGGGAAUCAAACCCACAACCCUGGCGUUGCAAGCGCCAUGCUCUACCAACUUAGCUACACAGGGCCCAUAUUGGCUUCAGAAACAAGAGGCUUCUGUUUACCACAGAGAGCGUUUGAUUAUAUAUUUUCUCCUCUACAUUUGCUGGCUUGCAAAGUAUCAGGGGGUUGUCUCGGGUUUUGAAUCUGAAUUUUAAAAAUCUAUAUCCAAAAUUAUGGAAUUCAAAUACAAUUCCUGAAAUUGCUCCAUACACAUGCUUUGGAGUGGAAUGAGGGGAGUUGAAUUGGAAAGAGUAAAGUGGCUUCCCUUCAAAAGAUUGUUAUGAUCGAAAGUUCAAUUGGUCGUCAAAAGGAUGUUAACUGAAUCAAAGGGUGUGAACUCAACAAGCAAUGUUCCGCAUUCCUCCCCGCACACUAUGCUGUCUGAGUAGCAGUGUGAAAGGACCCAGCUGGCCUUCAUGGCAGAGCAGUGCUCCCAGACAGAUCUCCAGCCCCUGUACUUGUCCCCCAACACGGCCUCCCUCUACACCUGGAUCCCCGCUGUCGGCUUUGUCACAGGUGGGCCAAGACACCUCUCCAAUGGGGAAUGGUGGGGUCACUGGGGUGGAGGGCAAUAAACAAAGGGCAAACUACUACAGUACUGACUUUUUACAUUCUCCCUCCACUGUAUCCCUCUGAUUGUCCCCUAUGACCAGGGGAUGAACAGUGCAGGUACAUGUGCCAGUGUAAGGGAGAGAACUUCAUUGUGAGCCGUGGGUCUCAGUUUGUGGAUGGGACUCGGUGUGAAUCAGACAGUCCAGCUCCCCUGGGUGCCACGACAGCUUGUCUAGGAGGGACGUGCCAGGUAAAGGCCUGCUUCGGUUUCUCCACCUUAGAGAGUUCUAGAGACACGUUGACAGAUUAUUAGACCUGACUGUUAUAUCUAACCUAGCUGUAGAAGAACGCACAUCUGCACAGUUUCACAUUGUACAUCACUUUGUCCUUUAAUGAUAUGUGCCACUCAUUCUGACAACCCAUUCAUCCGUAAAGCAGCACACUGUCGUAAACCAUAACAACGUACAGUACGACGUACCAUACAUAACACUGACAUGUCCUCAUAAACUAAUGGGCAAUAAUUUCUGUCUGUCUUCCACCAGCUGUUUGGCUGUGAUGGAGUGUUGAAGUCUGGGAAGGUGGAGGAUGUGUGUGGGGUGUGUGGAGGGGAUGGCUCCUCUUGCAGUCUCACCUCUCAGUCUUACAGUGGUGGUCGGGCCAGAGGUAACGACUCAAAUAUCCCCAUUCUUCAGUCUGGAGAGUGAUAAUUUCUACCUCCAUCUCAUUCCAGUAAUGAAAUUAGAUUUUCCCUGCUUAAUUGAUUCUCAGAGUACGUCACAUUUCUGACACUGCCAGUAAACGCCACUCAGGUUCACAUUGUCAACAGGGCACCUGUCUUCACUCACCUGGGUGAGUAUCUGGGGUGACCUUGGGUGGUUUGAAAAUAAACUCCAAAUCAUAUAAAGGGCAAUAAGCAAGGUGUCUGGUGUUUUUAUCCAUAGCGGUGUUGAUUGGGAAACAGUAUGUUGUGUCUGGGAGUGGCAGCAUAGCGUUAAACAUCACUCACCCCUCUCCUCUGGAGGACGGUCGUUGGGUUUAUCGUCUGUACCUGACCCCUGACCUCCUGCCUCUAAUGGAGGAGCUGCUGCUGCCUGGAACUGUUACAGAGGAGACACACAUACAGGUCAGCAGUGAGAGAGACAUUCACAGACAUGGCAACAGACACUCAAAGCAUCAGAGGGGGCAACUGUGAGAAACACAUAUAGAAUAGGAACAGUAUCUCCCUCCACUAUGCACACACAAAUAUGGAAGUUUACUGAAUCCUCAAAAAAGAAAGGAAUGUGAAAUGUGUUUUUUGCUCAUAUAGGUCUAUCGGAAAUAUGGAAAAGAAUAUGGAGAACAAACCAGUCCAAACAUCACCUACCACUUUUAUACUCCCAUUAGUAAUAAUGCUUUUAUAAAAGAGAUACCCAGGGGCAAGUGGACUGUUGUUACAACAUCCUGCUCUGUCACCUGUAGCUCUGGUAAGAGUCACUUUGAAGUUUUUAUUUUUUACAAAUUAUUGUUGAAUAAAUAUAUUUAGUUUGUUUGUUGUGGUAGUACUUUAGGGCUUUCCAAAUGUCACUGUUCUUAGAGAUCCACUGUUCUCUCUUUUUCUUGUAGGCAUACAGAAAUCUAUGUAUGUCUGUAUGGAUGAAGACACUAAGGAGCAUCUGGAGGAGGUCUACUGUGAUUCAGUUCCCCUUCUCCUGCCUCAGCAGACAACCUGUCACCUCCCAGCCUGUCCCCCCAGGUGCACUACAUUCACGGCACACUGUCACACCUAGACGCUUGAACAUUCAUCAAACUGAUUGAUCAAUGUCCUGUGUUGUGUUCUCCAGCUGGGAGAUGGGCGAGUUUAGACCCUGCAGUGCCUUGUGUGGUGGUGGAGAGAAAGUGCGUCCUGUGAGAUGUGUUCAAAGGCAAGGAGCAGAUGUCCUACAGGUGCCAGUUUCUGAAUGUCCACAACACUCAGCCCCACAAUCAGUGGAUACAUGCAACUUUCAACCCUGCCCUGCAAGGUACACAUAUUUGUAUGAUCAAAUACAAUAUGUGCAUGAAGCAAACAAGGUCCAAGUAGGUUAAAUGGCCCAGUACAGUGGUUACAUUUACAUAUCCUUUUUUUGUGGAUGUGUGUGACAGGUGGAAUGCGUCAGAAGCUGGGGAGUGUUCAGCAGUGUGUGGGCCCGGAGUGGCCAAACGCGUUGUGACAUGUGUGCGGUCCGAAGGUGGUCAUGAUGUUGAGGUGGACCAUAGCUUGUGUUCAGGGCUCUUCAAACCACCUGUCUUAGUGUCUUGUGUGGUUGAUGUCUGCCCUAUUGGCUGGGAGUCUAAGGGACAGGUACAGCAGAGAUCUAUAAUACAUCUCAUAAACGUGCACACAGAAUUUUAAGAUAUCAUACUGGAGAAGGUGGAGCUCUGACAUCCAUUGAUUUGUCUUUACCAGGAUCAACCUAUACUUAACAAAUCCCCUGGUUUAAGGCAACGCUCCAGGUACCUAACAGUGUAUGUUUGGAGCCCUGUGAUAGGCCAGUGCUCAAAGACCUGCAGAAAUGGUAAGUGAGACCAGAUAAUUCCUUCAUUUUUUACAAAGACAAUGUGGUCAACACAAGCCUUAUACAGUUGAAGUCGGAAGUUUACAUACACCUUAGUCAAAUACAUUUCAACUCAGUUUUUCACAAUUCCUGACAUUUAAUCCUAGUAAAAAUUAUGUGUCUUAGGUCAGUUAGGAUCACCACUUUAUUUUAAGAAUGUGAAAUGUCAGAAUAAUAGUGGAGAGAAUAAUUUAUUUCAGCUUUUAUUUCUUUAAUCACAUUCCCAGUGGGUCAGAAGUUUACAUACACUCAAUUAGUAUUUGGUAGCAUUGCCUUUAAUUUGUUUAACUUGGGUCAAACGUUUCGGGUAGCCUUCCACAAGCUUCCCACAAUAAGUUGGGUGAAUUUUGGCCCAUUCCUCUUGACAGAGCUGGUGUAACUGAGUCAGGUUUGUAGGCCUCCUUGCUCGCACACAAUUUUUCAGUUCUGCCCACAAAUAGUCUAUAGGAUUGAGGUCAGGGCUUUGUGAUGGCCACUCCAAUACCUUGACUUUGUUGUCCUUAAGCCAUUUUGCCACAACUUUAGAAGUAUGCUUGGGGUUAUUGUCCAUUUGGAAGACCCAUUUGCGACCAAGCUUUAACUUCCUGACUGAUGUCUUGAGAUGUUGCUUCAAUAUAUCCACAUAAUUUUCCUUCCUCAUAAUGCCAUCUAUUUUGUGAAGUGCACCAGUCCCUCCUGCAGCAAAGCACCUCCACAGCAUGAUGCUGCCACCCCCGUGCUUCACGGUUGGGAUGGUGUUCUUUGGCUUGCAAGCCUUCCACUUUUUCCUCCAAACAUAACAAUGGUCAUUAUGGCCAAACAGUUCUAUUUUUGUUUCAUCAGACCAGAGGACAUUUCUCCAAAAAGUACGAUCUUCGUCCCCAUGUGCAGUUGCAAACCGUAGUUUGGCUUUUUUUUAUGGAGGUUUUGGAGCAGUGGCUUCUUCCUUGCUGAGCGGCCUUUCAGGUUAUGUCGAUAUAGGACUCGUUUUACUGUGGAUAUAGAUACUUUUGUACCUGUUUCCUCCAGCAUCUUCACAAGUUCCUUUGCUGUUGUUCUGGGAUUGAUUUGCAGUUUUCGCACCGAGGUACGUUAAUCUCUAGGAGACAGAACGCAUCUCCUUCCUGAGCGGUAUGACGGCUGCGUGGUCCCAUGGUGUUUAUAUUUGCGUACUAUUGUUUGUACAGAUGAACGUGGUACCUUCAGGCGUUUGGAAAUUCCUCCCAAGGAUCAACCAGACUUGUGGAGGUCUACACAUUUUUUUCUGAGGUCUUGGCUGAUUUCUUUUGAUUUUCCUGUGAUGUCAAGCAAAGAGGCACUGGGUUUGAAGGUAGGCCUUGAAAUACAUCCACAGGUACACCUCCAAUUGACUCAAAUUAUGUCAAUUAGCCUAUCAGAAGCUUCUAAAGCCAUGACAUCAUUUUCUGGAAUUUUCCCAAGCUGUUUAAAGGCACAGUCAACUUAGUGUAUGUAAACUUCUGACCCACUGGAAUUGUGAUACAGUGAAUUAUAAGUGAAAUAAUCUGUCUGUAAACAAUUGUUGGAAAAAUUACUUGUGUCAUGCACAAAGUAGAUGUCCUAACCGACUUGCCAAAACUGUAGUUUGUUAACAAGACAUUUGUGGAGUGGUUGAAAAACGAGUUUUAAUGGCUCCAACCUAAGUGUAUGUAAACUUCCGACUUCAACUGUACAUGUGUAGGUACCCUGCAGGUGUGGUUUUCAUGUGUGGACCACCAGACCAGGCUAGGGGUGCCUGAGGUCCACUGUGAUGCCUUCAGCAAACCAGAGCCUCACACAGAGUCCUGUAACCCUUUCCCUUGCCCUCCCAUGUGAGUCCAUCCUUUCAAAUACAAGAAUGAUUGCUCUGUCAUAGCAGGGUAACAGCAGUGUGUUUCCAAUGCAGGUGGCGCUACAAGCAGGGAGUGUGCAGUGUGUCGUGUGGAGGAGGCGUGGCCCAUAGGGUGCUGUACUGCUCACAGGAGACCGAGGGAGAUGAGGAGGUGGUUGUGAACAAUACAGAGUGCAGUAGCAUGACCAAACCCAUAGCAGUGGUCAGAUGCAACUCCAACAGCUGCCCAGCCAGGUAAACGGUAAACACAGACACUGAACACUGGCUGGAAGAUCAGGGUAAAAAAGAUAAUCUAAAUGUGGAAUUCACCACCCAUGGAUUUCAGUUUGUCUUGAAUGCUAUGUGAGUGUCAACAGACAGUGCCAUAUAGAGAUUUCUAUAUGUAUUGCUGGGUGUAAAUAAACUUGAACUUGAUAUAAUACUGUCCAGGUGGAGAGUGCUGAGGACGGGGGCCUGUUCUACGUCCUGUGAUCUGGGGGUAGCCAGGAGGCAUGUCUCCUGUGUUGAGUAUAUCCAUGGAGAGGACAGUGAGGUGUCUGAGGAGAGGUGCCAUGCAGCCGUUAAACCUGCUACCACAGUACCCUGUCUGGUGCAGGUGUGCACCUUCAGAUGGGACGUGAAAGACUGGAAUCAGGUAGGUACAGUGAGAGGUGCAGACCAAUGAUACAUAUGACAUGAGCUGGCAGAUGCAGUGAUCUACUGUAAAUGGUGAUCAGCUGUGUUUUCAUACAUUAGUAAUUUAUACAUUAUGUAGAUGUACUGUUGACUAACUUUUCUGUUGUCUCUCAGUGUUCAGUGCCAUGUGGGUAUGGGAUCCAGUCUAGAGCAGUGUCCUGCAUGGGACCCACUAAGCCUGAGCCCCUCAGCCCACUGCUCUGCAUGCACAUGCCAAAGCCCAUCACCAUCCGGGGCUGCCAGAUGGACGACUGCAGGGUCUUAGAGAAGACUAGUCCCCUCACCCACACACACACCACCAACGCCCCCUCACUAGAGACCAGGGACCAGUUAACCAGUUUCCAGGGCAUGGAGGUCACUCCCACGGAUGAGGAGCCACUCCUGUCUCAUACUCUCAGCCUGACCCAGACACCCCCGACUGCAACAGAACUGACCACCCCACAGACCACCACAGCCAUGCCCUCCGUGACCCCAAAAACCAGUAAGGUGGCAGAACUCUCUGCUUUUUAGCACUCAUCAGAAUAGGCAUAAACCAAGCAUUGAGAGAGCUCCAUCAGCUAAUGUAAUAGUUAUCUACUGUGUGUUGCUAUCUAGGUCUGUGUGGGCAGCUUCUGCUGGAGGAGUCAGGCACAGUGGACCUGAGACAUGAGACAGGUCGCUGCAUCCUGUCCAUAGGCCGGCCCCUGGAUGAGGUCAUCCACAUGAAAGUAGUGUUCAGCUCCCUAAGCUGCAAGAAAAGUGAGAAAAGCUAUAAUACCCUUUUUACUGUCUAUCUAUGGCAACCGAAAUGGACAACAAUAACCCUGUGUGUGUGUGUGUGUGUGUGUGUGUGUGUGUGUGUGUGUGUGUGUGUGUGUGUGUGUGUGUGUGCGUGCGUACAUGCGUGCGUGCGUAGGGGAGUAUGUGGCAUUCUAUGACAGGCUGGUACUGGUCAGGAAGUGUGACCAGCUUGAGGACACUGAACUGACCUCCAGGACCAACGUCCUGCUAGUACGCCAGAAUCUCUUGUCCCCCGGAAACGGAGUGCUGCUCACUUACAGCAGUCAGAAGAACACCAAAAAGAGUCACCACCAGGGUAACAUUGAGAUGCUACUGUAUGGGCUAGAACAGAAGGCAGAGUGGCAUGUUGUUACAGAGCUGGAAUAAUAGAUUUUUAGAAGGACAUAUUAUUUGGUUAAUUUAAUACUUACCCACAUGCUUCUCACUGUUGCUCCUACAGACUGUGAUGUCCAGCUGUUUGCUCCCAGCGGGGUCAUUGAGAAUCCAACGAUGACCUCAGUGUUGGGCAGUCACACCUGUCGAGUCCUCAUCAACGCCCCUCCCUCAGUGAAGAUUAGGAUCCGGGCUCUGAGCAUGGGCCCUGUCGUCAACAGCACAGCAACCCAGUCCACCUUCAUUAUGGUCAGGGAGUAGGGAGACUGUUCUCUCUUGCUUUUCAGUAUAUUCAUCAAUGUAAACUAGUUGAGUGUACAUUAAAUCUUGAAUGUUGACAUGUAUGCCAUUGUAGAUAACAUUAUGCCUCUAAUACCAUCUACAUUAGAUACAAGAUGUAGACGUCUUGAAGACCAACGUGUUCAAGGGCCAACAGCUUUUUGACUGGCGAUCAGCUGGAAACAUGGUGGAGAUAGAAUUCCAUGGCGAGUACCUGCAUAGCAACGGGAGCUUCCGAGCGGAAUACUCAUUUGUGGAGCCUUGAUCCAUGGCUCGCAUUGGCUCGCAUUUCUAUUAUACAGUAUUUAACAAGACAGGAAUUUAGGCAGUUCCUGGAGAACAAUUUGUCCUUAGUUUAAUCAGUAUUGUCAGAGUUUUGUAACAUUAAAAUAAAUGAUUAUCAUCACAGCAGUCUGUCUUAUUUUUUGGGGGGUGGGGAUUUGGUAUAUAAAACAUUUACUAAUGUAGAUCACAGCAGAACCACUCAGCAACUCAUCAUUAUGGCACAUUUGGUAUAGUAUGGCACACAUUUUCAGAACUUAAAUAACUUACAACUGUUUGAACGUAUUUUAUAAAUAUGAAAUAACAAAUAUGUAAGUAAACAAACUGAAUAAACACAUUUAUAGAAUCCCACAAAAAUAAAUGAUAAGACAGCGCCAACAUACUGUGACUUUUAAAUAUAACUUAAAACAGACAAAUGUACUCUCUUAAUUCGAUCACUCUGUUGUUGCAGACAUUUUUCCUGCGCAGCUUUCUAAAGUUUUCAAUUUCCACUUUAAAAUGUCAGACUUGAUUUAUCCUAACAAAAAAAUUGAUCAACCUCUACAA